AUGGACUGCUUGGAGUUCAAUAUCCACCAGAGGAUCCUCUCAGAGCUCGCGUCCAAACAAGAUGAUACCCCAGGACAAGAUUCGUCCAAGGACUUGAUCAUAUCCAAAGUCCAGACCAGAGAUGUCUCUGAAGUCUCCGCAGAAGGGUGCCCUGAACCAACAACGAGGGUCUACAUGAGCGCUUCCCGUGUUCAUUGCAACAUUGCUUUUGGGGAACUGGUCGUCAACUUUCCUGCUAUCCAGCUGGGCCAGUCAAUCGAAUCGAUCAUGGCAGCAUUGCUCGAUAUCUUGCGCGAUAUCCCAUUCAUUGACUUCGAUCCAUCGCUUUCGUGGCAUGGUGCGGUUCUUUCAGAGUUUGUGAUCGCUUGGGGAACUCACGUCAGAUCUAGAUUGGGCGUUAGCGGACCAGCUAGUCUUUUCUACGAUCUCUGCUCUACUUCGACUUUCUUUGUUGAUCAGGUGGUCGACAGUAUCGCUUCGUCUACAGCGUUUAUCAUUCUCACCCAACUGUUCCCUGCAAUCCAUGGCCUGUACCGAGCCCUCAUCUCCACAUCCUACACGUGGACACUGUCGCAUUGGAAUACCCUUACUCUCGGACUGCAGAGACUUUGCUCUGCGUCUGCCAUUACCCGGCUUAAUCAACUUUGUGCAGACAUCAUUCACAAAGACGGUCUCGACACGGAGGAGAUCUUCUACGCGCAGGCAUUCUUGGCUCGAUACACUGCUCAAGGACGACCGGUUAGCGGAUACUUCCUGAUCUGCUGCAUUCUGGAAAUAGAAUGGACUGUCCUGGCUCAGACUAUGACAGAGCCCGUGGUCAAUCGGGCCACUGUAACAGAGGCAGCGGCGGCCAACAAAGCGUGGCUUGCUCUAUCCCGCAACCCUGCCCUCGAGCUUCAGGUUGACGACAACACCAAGUCAACAUUGAGGGCCGGAGUCGCUUAUUCCAUGCAGUGCUUCACUGAUCUCCUUGUCCAGAUUGAAGCCAUGAGGGUUGAUCCAUCAAUCGACAUUUACGCUUGGGAAACUAUGGCUGAGAGUCUGAAACUUGCUUCAGUUUGCUGCAUCGCUCUUCGAGAGUUGGACGAGCACCUUCACUCUCGGAUCCUACUUCUUUUGAGCAAUACAUCGCCCAUCUCUGACAAUCUUGUCCAGGAGGCAGCCUUGAAGUCUACUACAGUCCUUGUUCGAAGCUUCCCGGCCAUCGCUGCCGACAUGACCACUCAGCUUCGGAAGUUUGUCACUUCCCCUCUUCCUCUAUUUGAAUUCGAGUUUGCUUCAGAGACUCGGGCACCGCCCCCACUGGCUGCCGCUGCCAAAUGUCUGGCAUUAUGCAUCAAGUUGGCCCCAGGAGAUGAUCUCAUCAUGUCCAACAUGUAUUCUCUUCUGAACUACAUCGCUGCGACAAGUAAAGAAGUCUACGAUGCGAGUCUGUUCGAUGUCAAAGGGGACUUCGUCGGGGAUACCCACAAGACUCUCCACUCUCUGCAGUCUGGUUUACACGGCCUCUCUGAAGACGAAAAGCGACUGAUCGGCAUUAGCACCAUCUCGGUAGUAACGAGGCUGGCUCUUGAAUUCCAGAUGGAAGAGGUGACGAGGCUAACAAUCUCAAUGCUGCUACAGCGACUACGCUCCGCGGAACCGACUGUGGAAGCUGCCAUAGCAUACAACCUGGUCGACCUUGCCUUAAUAGCACCAAGAAAUGCAUUCGUGGACAUUGUUCGAGUGUUUUCAGCUAUCAAUCGAUCUGCUAAUCCCGACGACCCGCGUUUUUCGAACAAUAUGGUUCUAGCAGCUCAGACCCGCCUCGCUCAAGAACUCCAUCGUCGGCCAGAAUUGUACGAAACCUAUCUCAUCGAGCUCCUGACCCUGUUCGGCGACAAAGGCGUAGCUAUUCAACACUCCAAAGCUCAAAAUAUGGAGCUCAAGAUCGAUGAUAUGGUCGAGCAACUCGCUUCCCUUUUGCUCCCAGUCGACGCUUUGCUUACCCACGCAGACUUCAAUCCGCACGAAGAUGCAUCGAAAGAAAUCGUGACGCUCUUCCGCAAUACCUGGUUCCUCUGCGUCCUAUUUGACUUCACGCACAUGGAUAACCAAGAAAGCACUGCCCUUGACUGGCUAAGACCCGCAUUGGCAAGGAUUGCGCUGAAAACGCCGUCCAUGGUCGUCGAAGAGUCGCUUGAUGCCAUUGCCAGCGACGUGGAGUACAACUCGGUGAUUAGGCAAGAGUUUGCUCAAACGGUUAUCUCCAAGCACCGCGCUCUUUUGACCAAGUACAUCCCGCUGCGAUACAGCGAGAUCCGAUACCUUUCGGCUGGCCAAGCUAUCUUCAUCUUGUCGAUGUACGACAUCGAAAGUAUGCGAUCUGCCGCUGGCCGCCCCUCUUCCUUGAUCUCGUACUUCAUCAACGACAGUCUGAACAAACACCAAGGGCUCAGUGCGUGUAUGGAUGCAAUCGCAGAAAAUGUGAUCAGAGGAUGCAUCGGCGACCUCAACGUCAAGGCUGCUCAGCAAUCCAUGCCCGAAUAUUUGUCCGAGGAACUGCAAAAGCUUUUAGUUGCUAGUACUCACCGCAUCCAACAAGCGAGGGAGAUAGCCUCCAAAUAUCUGAACAGAUUGAUCACGUCUUUCCCUUCCCUGAUGUGUGACCCUCGACUCGUUUUCGCGAUCCUGGAAGUGAUGACCUUACUCCAAAAAGCGUGCGAGAAUGAAUUCUGGGACGAGUAUAACCCUGUUUACGAGUAUCAUUCGGACCGGUGUAAUAUCACGCUACAACUGACGGACAUCUAUCAAGUUCGAAAUGAGAUCCUGGGCCAGCUAAAGCAAUUAGCAAGCACGUGGCUGAAAUUAGCCCUCGACAGGGCCCCCAUGGAAUUGCACUCGACGCUUCAGAAAUACCUUGCCGUCAAUCGACCCUCCCCAAGCAUUGAAGCGGCGGAACUUGGUGCCUCCCUCGCAGAACAGUUUGCAAAAGCUAUCGGCCCUGUUCACCGACAACUAGUGUCCCUGACCAGUCUCUCUCCAUGGCCCCUGGAUGGUUCGAAAACCCUCGCAAGCCAAAUAGCUGUCAAAGGGUAUUACGCAGGCGAAGCCGCCGGCGUCAGAAUAUCAACCUCGCCGGACAAACUGGCAAAUCCACCUCCCCAAACAGCUUCAGCUUCAGUUGUCGAGUCCCUGAGACGGGAUAUGAGCAGGGCAACUCGGGAAAUUAAAGGCAAGAAAAGCGUGUUGACUGUCCACGACCUUCGCAGAUUGUUGUACCGGGGUGCUGCUGUUUUAAUAUCGGAGAAGGAGGCUACAUAUGACCGUGAACUCUUGCAUCAUCUUGUGUUGCUGCCAUUCACCGUUUCAACACCAGCUUCAAUCGCUGCUGCAGUGGAAGUCUGGACUUGGCUGAUUGCUGAAAAUCCCCACAUAGAGGUGGCCCUCAUGGGUGAGCUCGUGGCCGCCUGGACAGACACGAUCGUGCACCAGAGAGGGAUCUUUGGAGCAAUGCUCGACUAUAGUCCAACGAACAAGGAAACGAUCGACCGUGCUUCGAGCCACGCUCACCGUGUCUUGUCCCCCCAUAGGCUUGUCUUGCAAAUGCUUUUCAGUCGUCUCCAAGCGUCAAGAUACCACCGUCCUGCCAUUCUGCUUCUCACUCAGCAACUGGUUCUUCGAACAGCGUAUGCAUGCAAGUCGCUAAGUACUCAUGCUUUGGCGCGAGAGAUUCGAUUUUCGCUCCUAUUAUUCGGCUUUGAGACUCUGAGGGGUUGUUACCUGGACUCCUACUGCGAGAACCUUCUCCGUGAGAGUCUUUACAAAACGGCAUAUUCAUGGUUUGCUGUUCGCCCUCGGGUCUCUUUCGGUGCAAACCGAGUUCAAGUGGACGCUGAUGUCAAAGUUUGCUCUGAGUUUUUGGCUUAUCUUCAUUCGGAUUCUGUCCGCGGGGCGCCUGCUAUUUCAAGCUUGUCCCCUGUUCAACUCAUGUCCCGUGCAGCCUAUUACACGGACCGAAUGCAUACCCUCAGUCUUCCCCUGAAGCUCCUUUGCGAAGACGAACUGGCUCGCUUGUCAGUAUGGAACAACCCACUCAGCGACCCUAAGAAAGGGAUGGAUUUCAUUGGAACCACUGAACGUACAAUCUUGGAGGCAUCAUGGGCAAAGGUUAUAAGAACCAUCUGGCAAGUCGACCCCGCUGUUGCUAUCUUCUUCCAGGAGCGUUUCCAAUACGCUGGUGUCCGCCACGAAGUUGGUAGACUUGUGCGUACGGGUACAACUUCCGUUUUGGAUGUGCCCGAGGCGCUUCUCGUCCUUCUUGGUGAUAGACUUGAUCCCGCUGUUCGAAAGGAUCUUCGCCACCUUCUGCUCUGGGCCCCAGUCCCGCCAAUCAUAGCGAAUACAUUCUUUGAGCGGCGAUACAACAACGAUCCGAUGCUCCUGCAAUAUGCUAACCGCGUAAUGGCCCAACAUCCUGUGGAGUUGACCUUUUUCUUCAUCCCGCAAGUGGUACAAGCACUGCGAUAUGACGACCUGGUACGGUUAGGUUACGUCGCUCGCUUCAUCUUUGAGACAGCCAAGAUUUCCCAAUUGUUCUGUCAUCAAAUCAUCUGGAAUAUGAAGGCAAAUUGUUACAAGGACGACGCAGCAGAAAUCGAGGACCCAAUGAAACCGAAACUCGACGAAAUGACCGCGCUGGUUGUCGAUUCUCUAUCUGGGGAAGCUCGCUCUUUCUACGACCGUGAAUUUACUUUCUUCAAUGAAGUCACUUCGAUCUCUGGGAAACUCAAACCAUUUAUCAAGAAGACCAAACCGGAAAAGAAGGCUAAAAUCGACGAAGAGAUGGCGAAGAUCGUCGUCGACGCACCCUUCAUGGCCACUUUCAAGGUGCGCAAAGAGCGGGUGGUGGUUAAUUCUGACCCCGAUUCACUGUUGGACGGGGACGGAGGAAUUGAAACCAUGGAAGAGUACGAUGUCUGGCAACAGGCUAUCUUCAAGGUUGGCGAUGAUUGUCGUCAAGACGUGUUGGCUCUCCAAGUCAUCGCAAUGUUCAAGAACAUCUUUGAAUCCAUUGGCCUCACACUGUAUCUGUUCCCUUAUCGCGUGACCGCUACAGCGCCUGGCUGCGGCGUCAUUGACGUUGUCCCAAAUGCAACUUCCCGUGAUGAGAUGGGGAGGGCCAAAGUCAACGACCUCAUGGGAUUCUUUGUCGCCAAAUAUGGCGGGGAGAAUACGGUGUCUUUCCAGAAAGCCAGACUCAACUUUAUUCAAUCCAUGGCUGCGUAUUCUGUUGCGUGCUACAUCCUUCAGAUAAAGGAUCGACACAACGGCAACAUCAUGAUCGACGGGGAAGGGCACAUCGUGCACAUCGCUGCGUGCGCUUAUCUUACCCUGGUUGCGCUGAUCUUACGACCCGGAGGUGUCAAGUUCGAGCCAAACUCAUUCAAACUGAACCAUGAAAUGGUACAGUUGAUGGGUGGUCGCUAUUCCCAAGGGUAUCAACUCUUCCAGAGCUUGACUGUUAAGGCUUUCUUGGCGAUUAGACCGUAUGCGGCUCAGAUUGUCGACACAGUCCAACUCAUGCUUGACACGGGCCUGCCUUCAUUCAAAGGAGAGCCAACGAUUCGCAGACUCCGUGAUCGUUUUACCCUCUCACUGAGUGAACGACAAGCCGCUGACUACAUGAUGGGGGUAAUUCGGAAUGCGCAUGAGAAUGUUCGAAGCACGGCCUAUGAUGAGUUUCAACGGUUACAAAAUGGCAUCCCGUACAAGUAG